AUGCAUCGAGGAGUAAUAAAAAAUUCAUGGCAAGAUUUACAUGCAAUGACGAGUGCACGUCCGAAUAAUAAAAGCUUCGGUUUCGAUAAGCAAUCAAAACAGACUCAUCAUCAACAACAAACAAAGGCUACAUUCUAUUAUGAAACAGAUCAUUCAUCAGCGCCCUGCAGACCACUUUCGUCGUCAAUAAGUUCUAUAAAUAACCAACAUGAACGUGCAAAAAGCGCUGAUCAUUCUCAAAUGCCAUUAAAUGAAACAACACCGCCGGCAACAUCGUCAUCGUGUAUUUACGUGAGCACAUUGAAUAAUCCAGCAAAAACAACUUCACGUUCGUCUCGUAUGGUUAAUUCACGUAGUAAUGGCGCCAUUGGUACACAUGCAAGUACAAUCUACAUAGAAGAACUACGAAAAACACAACAGGAAUGCGAAAAAUCUGAAUUAAAUACGCUAAAUACUCGUUUUGGAAAUUAUCUAGAAAAAAUAAAAUGUUUAGCCAGUGCUAAUGCGGAUCUUCGUCGGCAAGUUGAUGAUGCAUAUAAAAAAUAUAUGGGACUCGAUGAAGAACAACAACAAAUUGAAACCAACGGCAAAAAUCAAACGAUUAAAAAAUAUCAACAUCCGCAUGAAAUUCAAUUAAAUAAUUUACGAAAACAAAUUAAUAAUGAAGCUCGAGCACAAACACUGAUACAAAUACGUUUGCAACGUGCUGAUUAUGAUAUGAAAUUCUAUCAAACAAAUAUUAAAUUAUUAGGAGUUCAUGAGCAACAACAAACGGAACAACUUCGAACCAUGCGACAGCAAGUUGAAGGUACUUCACAGGAAUUAAAACAAAUUCAAGGACAAUAUCAAAAUCGAGAACACGAUUUACAAAUGUACAAAAAUCAAUAUACUGAAUAUAUAAAUAAAUUAAUCAAUUUUUCAAAUGAAUACGAUAAAAUAACUUACGAACGAAUGGACAAUGAAAAUCAUUUAUGCACUCUCAAAGAACAAUUAUCAUUCGAACACGAAUAUCAUCGUCGACGACAAGAAGAAUUCGAAUAUUUAGAACAAUUUCGGUUUGAUUUAAAUAAGCAAUUUACUAAAACUGAAUUUCAUUAUAUUGUUCAACAAAUUCGUAAAGAUUAUCAAGAGCUCAAUGAUAUACGCUUAAGUGAAUUAGAAAAAUCAUAUAAAGCAAAAUUAGAUUUAGUCCGAAAUGAAAUUUCAAAACGCGAGAAACAACAAGAAACAGCAAAACCACAAGACAUUCGAAUAGCGUUAGAUUCCAUAAAGCAAGAACAUCGAACAUUAAUCGAACAAAAUCAAUUACUCAAAGACAAAUCAGAACAACUUGAAAAUGAUCUUCGUAAUGUUACUGAACAAAAUCGUCAACGUUAUGAAACCGUCGAUAGAGAAUAUCAAAAAUUACAAAGACAAUUACCAGAAUUAGAUUGUAUUAUUGUACAUUUACGUGAAAAUGCUGGUAGUCUUUGGUCAGAAAUUAAUACCUAUCGGUAUCUCUUAGUUAAUCUACUUUCAUCACCAAAUGAUAAACCACAUAAAUCUUCAGGUCCUUGCUCGCCUCCUUUAGCAAAGGAGAGUAAAAAAGCAACGGAAAAAAGCAACUCAUCAACCACAACGGAAAAUAAAAAUCAAGAAUCGAAAAUUUCAAAAUCGAUGGUUAAACCAAUGAUUAAUCAAGUAACAAAACCAACAGUAGAUACAAAAGCCAAAUCUCCACAACAAUAUCGGGAUGAAACGACCGGUUUCAUUGUACAUAUUGAAGAUGGAAUAAUAUGGGUGCGGAUUUAA